AUAACAUGAUGCCUCCUGCAACAACCGGGACCUUGUAGCUUUAUUUCCCUUUUGUUGCCUCUCUUAGAUCGAGCUUGACUGUUCAGCUUCCCGCCCUCUCUUCCCCCACCUCCACCCACCUUUUUAUUUUCUUCCUUUCUCCCCCCCCCCUUAAAUUAUCCUGGUAUCACCUGGCCGGAUCCAGUGGGGUGUUUUUUUUUAUUGCUUUCGUUUCUUUUUUUUUAAAAAAAACUUAUUUUUGUGUGUUGUUGUUGUGUGCUCAGUGUUGUGUAUAUGUGUGUAGUUGCCUUAUACCGGCUCCCAGCAUGGUCAUGGCGGAUUGCCCGAGUAAACUGCAUCGGGCGCCUGUCCGGGUGGGUUUUUACGAUAUUGAGCGCACUUUAGGCAAAGGCAAUUUCGCCGUCGUCAAACUGGCGAGACAUCGCAUUACCAAAACUGAGGUUGCAAUAAAAAUCAUUGACAAGUCUCAACUGGACGCUGUGAACUUGGAGAAGAUCUACAGAGAAGUACAGAUCAUGAAACUUCUGGAUCAUCCACACAUCAUCAAACUCUAUCAGGUGAUGGAGACCAAAAACAUGCUUUAUCUUGUGACUGAGUACGCCAAAAAUGGAGAGAUCUUUGAUUAUCUGGCAAACCACGGCCGGUUGAGCGAGCUGGAAGCCAGGCGCAAGUUCUGGCAGAUCCUGUCAGCAGUGGAAUAUUGCCACAACCGCAAAAUCGUCCAUCGGGAUCUGAAAGCUGAGAACCUUCUGUUAGACAGCAAUAUGAAUAUUAAAAUAGCGGAUUUUGGGUUUGGUAAUUUCUACAAACCGGGAGAACCAUUGGCCACAUGGUGCGGCAGCCCACCGUAUGCAGCUCCAGAGGUUUUUGAAGGACAGCAGUAUGAGGGACCACAACUGGACAUCUGGAGUCUCGGUGUGGUCCUCUAUGUGUUGGUGUGUGGAGCUUUACCAUUUGACGGUCCAACACUUCCCAUCCUGAGGCAAAGGGUUCUGGAAGGCAGGUUUCGAAUUCCAUACUUCAUGUCAGAAGACUGUGAACACCUCAUUCGACGCAUGCUGGUCUUAGACCCUUCUAAAAGACUCACAAUUGCCCAGAUAAAGGAGCACAAAUGGAUGCUGACUGAGGUGCCAGUACAGCGACCAAUCGUGUAUCCUCAAGCCAGUGAGAAUGAAUCAACCAUGGGAGAAUACAAUGAACAAGUUCUACGACUGAUGCAUAGCCUGGGGAUUGACCAGCAGAAAACCAUUGAGUCUCUACAGAACAAGAGUUAUAACCAUUUUGCUGCUAUUUAUUACCUGUUGGUGGAGAGGCUCAAGUCUCACAGAAGCAGUUUCCCCGUAGACCAGAGGCUUGAUGCACGUCAGCGACGGCCAAGCACAAUCGCUGAACAAAGUGUUGCCAAGGCAAACCCUGUCGUGCCCCAGGUGAGCCUCCUGUCACAGAAUGUCAGGCUGCUGAGGUCCCCAAUCCUGCCGCAGCCCACCAGUGUGGACACAUUCUCCUUUCUGCAAACCGGUUGCCAGCCAGAAUUAGGCUUCAUGGAGGAAGACGUCGGCACUCCCAAGGUAAAUGGUUGUCUUCUGGAUCCUGUGCCUCCUGUGAUAGCAAGGAAGGGGUGCCCACCAUCUCCUAGCAACAUGAUGGAGACCUCCAUCGACGAGGGGAUAGAGACCGAGGAUGACUGCGAAGAGGAUCCUGCCCAGGUUUACGCAUCAUUUCAGGCAAUGCGCUGUGGGCAGAGGAGGCACACUCUCGCUGAAGUGACCAACCAACCAAUGGUGAUGCCAAACACAGGGAAACUGUUCACUGUGGGGAACAAUCCAUCCUUGGGGAGUGUCGAUUCAGAAUACGACAUGGGAUUGAUGCACAGUGAGCUCAAUAUUCUAGAGGACACGCCAUCCCUGAAGGAGAUCGUACUUGUCAACCAGCCAGUGGCACGGAUGACCCCACCACUGAUUGGCAUGAGGCCACCAAACCCAGCCAUGGAGGCAUUGACAUCCCAGAAACGCGAGGUGCACAACCGGUCGCCAGUCAGCUUCCGGGAAGGUCGAAGAGCUUCUGAUACAUCUUUAACACAAGGUAUCGUAGCCUUCCGCCAGCAUCUUCAGAACCUAGCCAGGACCAAAGGAAUUCUGGAGCUCAACAAGGUACAGAUGUUGUAUGAACAAUUGGGCUCAGAUGAAGAUCCUGAUGUGUUACCGGCACCACAUUUACAAGGUCUCCUCACCAACCACCAUCAGGAAGAAGCUUCCCAUCAGCAAGAAAAUGUAGCAUUAUACCCUAAUGGAGUCCAUCCACACAUGCUCUCGCGACGCCAGAGCCUAGAAACACACUAUUUGCAACACCGAUUACCGAAUCCAAGCUUAUUGAACAAAGCACAAAAUAGCUGUCCAAUGUAUUGCAAGGAAACACCAAGGAGUCUGGAGCAACAACUACAGGAGCACAGGUUACAGCAGAAACGUCUGAUUCUCCACAAACAGUCGCAACUCCAGGCUUAUUUUAACCAGAUGCACAUUGCAGAAGGCUCAUACUCGCAGCAAACCCAACAGAUGCCCAUACCUCAUCCCGAAGCACAGCAGCAACAGUUCAGCAUGGCCCAACCUCUAAGCCCAGUGCUGGAGCCCUCAGAACAGAUGCAGUGCAACCCAUUCCUCAGCCAGCACUACAAGCUUCAGCUAUCACUGCAACAAAUGUCACCUGUUCAGCAGCCAACACAACCUCCACUUCAGUCCCAAGUUCACCUAGAGCAGCAGCAACAAAUCCUGCAGUAUCCUUACCAGCCUUGUGACAUAGUAGGAGUCACAACUCCAGAGCCCAGCUACCCAGAACAUUGUCCGUAUACUCUCAACCAAACCCCACAGGCUGCCUUGGCUUUGUCCGAAAGUCAGGCAUGCAGUACCGCUUCUGACUCGCCAACGACCUACAAGAACAUAACCAUCCCUGAACUACCAGGACUUUUUGACUGUGAGAUGAUGGAGACAGUUGAUACCCAACAUGGAGGCUACGUCCUCGUGAACUGACUUCAGUCGUUUCAUUUUUUUCAGUGUUAUUUCACCGAGAAAGAAGGGAUGAAGAGAAGAGGAAAAAAGGAAGUCAAUUUAGUUUGUAUAUUAAAGAAAACACUAAAAUUGAUAACCUUUCCUUCUUAAAGCAUUGUGAAGAGAAUAUAAAUCAACAGUGUAGAAUUGGCUUGGACUAGUUCUCAUUAGUUGAUGUAGCUGUGGUGUGGUACUCUUGGCCCUUGCGUAUGGGUGCUGAGAAGAAUGAAAGAGGCAGGAGAGGCAACUCUUAAGGAGUAAAUGCAUUUUCCUAAAGAUGGUACCAACCCACCAACCAGACAAUAAGCACGUAACACUAAAUAGGAAGGGGACAGAAGCAGAAUAGAGUGUAAUGUUUCUGACCACACAGCAAUAUAUCAACACAAAAGCUGAAGUUAAAGAACUUUGAAAUUCUCAAGAAUGGUAUUGCAAUCCAAAUUGAAAGUUCUCAUUAAUCCACUGAACACCCACUCACCUCUCACAAUCCCUGGCCAAUGCCAUCAACAUAAACUGUCUGGGGAAUGUAAUGCUAUCAGUUUUGACACCCCCCCUCCCCUCCACAGGGAGAAGAGCUCAUCUUACUCCGAAGUCUGGACAUUGUGAAAAUCCAGAUUAUUGAAAACAAUGCCUGACGCUUACAUUUCACAUCAGAGAUGUUGCUAGGUUACGUUUAGCACUAGGAAGGACAUAAUAUGGAAAUUUAAAAGAAAAUAUAAUUUUUAAAAAGUGCCUCCUACAGGGGCAUUUUAGCUGUGCACACCCCUGGUUUCUGGGGGUGUCGAUUUAAUGUGUUAGUAGUCGUUCAGUGUUUGCUUUUCAAGGAAUAACUCAUUGUAAUUUCGAAUUUCUGAUAUGAGUUGCUGGGUGUUUAUUAAAAGCUUUGUACACUUUACCUAGGGUUUUAGAAGUUAUACGAGAAAUAAGCUUUUGAAACAAAACUGUUGUGUGAAGUGUGAUAGUGCUGUGCCUUUUGCUUCUUUUAAUUUAAGAAAAACAAACACAUUUCUGGAAAACAGUUCGGAUAAACAAUGCCCCAUUUAUACUGGCAAGUUAACCAAAGUCACUUCAGAGUAAAUACUUCUGGUUCCACUAUGUGGAACCCAGGCCAAUGUUUUGCUCUGUGCUUCUUUUUAAGUCGAUCUAUAUGUAAAGAGUAAAAAGCAAUAUUUAUUAAAUACUUUGAAAUGACGAUUGUACCAUUCAUGUACCAUGAUGGAUGUUUUGUGCACUGUCAGAAUAAUUUGACCUUUUCUUUUCCUCAUUGUUGAAAUAUUAUACAGUCAGGGAUCGAUGGUGAAGCACUGAUCUGGAUAGUUUAGAUGGCAAGACUAGACAGGCCUAUGAUUGCAAUCGUGGAAGGGAAAUUCUGGAUUCCACAGGCCCUCAAAGCUGACAAUCCAUGGUGUUGGAUCAGAACUUGACCAUGAAGAGUUAGCAAUGUUGAAAUUGCCAUGUAGAAAAUUGUACCUCAACAUUUCCCCUGACACCCUGUGUUAAAUGCCUCAGUGAGCAGAGGGUUUGGCAAGCAGAGUGAGGGAUGCAUGCCUCCAGUUUGAAUUACGUGGCAUAAGCUGCGAUUGUACCUUGUGGCGUUGCAGUGAGUCAGGUGGGCAAGAGCAAUAGCAGUAGUGCCAACUCUGCCAAGUUUCCAACUUCACCACAAAGCAGGACCAUUACCAGGAUUAAAAUCAGUAUGUCUCUAAAUGUUGCAACACACCAAAAGUCAUUGUCCUGCUUUUGCUGCCUCUUUUUAUUGUUGCUAUUGCUCUAUUUUCCUUGUCCCAUUUUCAUUUCUGUCACAUCCAUGCAGAAUCACAGGUGAAUGGUGGGCUGUCUGCCUCCACAGUAUCCAUUUAAGGGGUGAAAUGUACAAAGUAUUAGUCUUCCUUUCCCUCUUCCCCUCCCCAACCCCACUCCAACACAAUCACAUUUCAUACCCAGAUGAAACUUGGCAUACAGGGGUUUUUAGGCAAAGUUAAUUUCGAAGAAUGUGUAAUUUUCUGUCCUCCUAUGGAACUCUCCCUGGUGUGAGGCACCCUUUCACAACCAGAGGAGGAGACAGUGACUCUUCCAGGUACCAAUGCUGCUUUAUGGUCAGUUGAGUGCGAGAGUGGUGUCGAUUGACAAGAUUCUCCCUCCUUAAAGGGAGAACUUUUCCUCCACUCUGUCCACCCCCACCCCCCCCUUCCAGGACGGACCUGUUGAAGUCAAAGCCCAUUUCCAUUCUCCAACUCCUUGCUACUGGCAGAUGAAGAGAGGUUCAAAUCCCACCUAUAAUGAAAAGAAAAUUCCUCUUCAUAGAACUUAAGCAAAGUUCUUCAAUUUUUAUUUCUCUUUUGAUUUUCAGUUUUCUUUUAAAAAGAAAAUCUGAGCCUGUAAAUUCCGCUAAGCAAUAUUAGCAUCCAAAUGCUUCAUAUAUUUGAAUGCGUUUCCUCCAUCCAUUGUUUGAACAUGUGCGAUUUCUGUUAAAACAGAAGUUUUUGGUAUGAAUGCAUUAGUUUCUAGGUCUUCACAAGCAUGUCUUCCCCCACCCUCCACCCAGUACUUUGAGCUCAGGAAACUGUGCUGACGUAACGAGAAUUAUUUUUAAUUGUGAUUUCUUUAAAAAUCUCCCCUGAAAUGUUAUUUUCUUCACUACCCUGGCGUCAUGUCUUUGCUCAGUUUGGAGGCAGGAUUUUCAGGCCUGGACUUGCUUCAUACACCUCAGCAGCCAGAUUUAAGGGUUGUCGGCCUGCAUUCUGUGGUGGCCUAUAGGGAACGUGAGUGUUUUCGCUUGCCUGCCCUCUCGUGAGCUCUCUCUGCUUCAGUGUAAACCCACAGUCUGCCCCAUAUUACACUGCAGCACCAGUACACUGGUUUCUCAGUGUACUUACAAGAAAGAGCCCCAUGUUCAAAACUGAACAGAAGAUACACAUGCAGUGUGUGUGUGUGUGUUUGUGUGUGUGUGAUCCUUUUUUACAAUUCCUUUUCCUGAAUGUGGUCCGAGAUCACUGGGUACUUUUGCACAGGGAUUGGCUGGUUCCUCAGUCAAGUCACCAACCAUUCCUCGUGCAGGCCCUGAUUGUAUUGGCAGGUUGAUCUCUGUGCUAAUGUCACCUGAUACCUAUGCCAGCACAAUGGAUCGCAGGCUAGAGUGAGGACCUAGCCUGACACUUGAGAGAUCUGGCCUCGAGCAGCCCAGCUGUUCAGACUGAUGGGAGAGGAAUCAAGGAUUUCAUCAUUGGGUCUUGUACGGUUUAGUGCUGCAAUGCACAGUGCCUUUGCCCACUAGACCAAUGGAGAAGCUUGUGUGUGAUCUCUCUGUUUUAUACUUAAGAAACUAUAUAUAAGUAACUAUACACUAAGUGUGAACUGUCAAAGGCUCUGGUCUUUAUGAGAAUGAUAAAACACUAUCAGGGUGAAAUUUGAUAUGAGCAGGGGAUUUUAAUAGAACAGAAUAUGAGGCAGGUCAGAUAACAGGUGGCAAUGCAAUUCUGCCUUUUCUGUGCCCCCACCAUGUUCAAUUUACCCCCUUCUGCUUGUGUUUGGGCUGCCAAAUAACCAAAGGGACGGUGGUGGGACCAGAAAGUUACAUUUCAAGACCAGAAUGAACUAAUCCAUGAAUUCAUCCACAAUCUACUAUCUUUCUUUCUCAUCUAUUAAUAACAAUUGGAUGACACAAGUUUGGUGUAAUAAUCUUUCCUUGUGGCAACUUGAUUUCACUUCCAUCGUCUUUUUUUUGUAAAAAAAAAAGUCUUCUGUCCAAUUUCUGAAUCUGAUGUAUAAAAAAAUGUAUUUUUACCUUUAUAAUCUUUUAAUACAAUUAUGUACUUUGAAGAGACUUUGGUGCAACGUAUAAGGGGUAAAAGUAUACACGGAGAUAAGUGCAAUACGUGUGGUACAUAGGAUGCAUUCUGUUAAAUAGUUGAUGCUUCAGAAAUGCACUAGUUCUAUAUGCUCUUGAUGUAUGUAAAAGCUGCUUUUUUUUACAAUUUGGUAAUUAAACAAUAGUGUUGUUUCUACAAUAAAGAAGUGUAAUACACAUUACGGACCAUGUGAAGAAAAUUGCGCGCUAUGGUUACAGAACUGUGUAUUAUAAUUGUGUGAUGCUGCCUUUGUGUGUCUGUGUUACUCAAAAGGAGAGUCGGCAGUCUUCAGUACCUCAAGAGCAAGUUUUCGUAUGAUUAUGAAAUAACAAGGAUGACAUUUUUUUGAAUUAUUUGGCAGACUUCUGUCCCAGACUGUUGGAGAAGAUGCUGCUGAGAUUAUGGCAGUUUGAUAAGCAAUCUUUGUACUGUUAACCAAAGGAUAAUUUAAAUAGAUAAUUUACUUCAAGGAUCUAACUGAAUACCGUUCAUGUACUAGUCCAAAUCCCCAGUUUGAUUGAAUCGAGAAUAAAGGCUGUAGUGUUUUGAGCAAUA